CUCCAACACCAGCGUCCCCAAAAGGUACACACCUCUUAUCCCUCACUUCUAUAUUCGGUUUUCGCAUCUAACAUGGGAGAUAUCUUGGCGAAAGUCCAGUAUUUCUUCUACAUCCAUCCACGGCUUACCUGGUGGCUUUCGACUUUCGCAUACCCUCUUCUAAUCUUCUUCCACUUCUGUUGCAGGGAGAAACGGCGACCAACAGACUAUGAUCCUCCAGUUUUUGAUGCGGCCAAGCGAGACCGAAUGAGUGUCAUCCGGUUCAAGCGACAGGCACGCUCUACGAAAAAUCGUCGAGGCAGCCUCUCCACUCACUGCCACCCUCCCAAGACCUUUCUUUCCUCCCUCCGACCGAAGCGGCAAGCUCUCUCCCAAAGCCAAUCGCCACUAUUUUGCAAACUCCCUCCCGAAAUUAGGGUUGUGAUCUUUGAGAUGGUCCUCUGUGAGUCGGGGAGAAUGCAUGUCACCAUCACCGACGGCGCAGACGACUUGGUUGCGUACUUGAAAUCUCACUUGUGCACAAGUUCGUCUGUUGUCCCCCAAUGUCAUUUCGGGUGUUAUAAUGUCCGUCCGCAAUCUCAGCCUAAGCUUCUGUCAUUACUAAAGUCAUGUCGGCUCGCUUAUUCCGAGGGUAUUGAUCUCCUCUACUCUCGCAACGCCUUCGCCUUCCGAGACACGGAGCAGUUCAUUGUCUUCGCGAACACCAUUCCGCUCUCCCGUCUCAAUCAGAUCAAACACAUCAGUAUCGACUGCUGCAGUUUCGAAAAACGUUUUCCCCAGGCUUUCCAACAGUCUAACCCCGCAUUUGAAUACUCCCCUCUCCAGCGUGUCCCGGCCAUCAUUUCUACGAUGAAGAAGCUCGAGUCACUUUAUCUUUCGUUUCGCCUGUAUGGUAGCCACGAAAACAACUACCAGUCGUCGGUGGGCCCGUAUGCCGUACGCGCAGCCGAGAGAUGGUUUCUCCCACUCGUGGAUAAAGGUGUAAAGUGUAAGAUCUAUUUUUAUGUAGAUAUUGGGUUCCAUCACCUGAACAAUACGAAGCUCACCUACGACCCAGAAGCGCAGGUAACGGUAAUGUUUGGGAGGUGGCCGUUGCGUACAGCGAUACUAUUGGAACCGUCGGAGUGAAACUUGAAGUAGUAGGUAGAAUGAUCCGUAAAGCAGUAAGACGAGAUGGGAAGCCAACCAUGAUGUUUGCUCAAGCUUGUACGAGGCUACCCCCAACGGAACGUGCACUCAUGGCAAGCCAUCUCUCGCGAUUUUAAGCUAGUUAAGGUUUAGCAGAUUCCAAACUACCACAGAAUAUUAACAGCGAGGAUUUGAUCCGUUGAAUCUCUUUUUGGAAUCUAGGAGAACGCUGACAAGAUACAAACUUCGAUCCUAGAUUUCUGUCAUGUUCUACGUUAGGCGACAAAUGCAAAAGGAUGGUAGUAUUGUUAGUGUCGAGCAAGGUCUCUGGGUUUCCUACAUGUACCACACCGCACAAUCAAUCAUAGCGUAG